CUCAUUGAGGUCAGACUCGCCCGUGCCUCCGUCGCGAGCGGUGUGUGUUCGUACCUGAGCGUCUGGUGCUUGUGCCGUGUGUGCUUAAGACAGUAUAUAGAGACUGGUUGUUGGUUUGGAACGAAUUGCAAUAUUGGCAACCUGCUAGGAUUUGAAUACUUGUGUCUACAGAGUGCUUUAAGGACUUUACAGGGACAGGAACUGACAUUUCUCUUGGACCUACGAAAGACAGUGCCAAAACGAAAGAAGAUUCAACCUUUGACGCAUCCAGUGUCUACCGUAUUCACGGGUUGUGUCGUUUGUUAUAAGAACCUAUGAUUUUUGGUAUGAAUACCAUUGUCAUCAAAACAAAAUUCAACAACCAACCAAAAAUCGAGUAGCUAUAUAUAGGAUCUAACGCCUUUGACGAUUGUCCUGUGUCUACAACCCUCAAGAGCAAGUCCGCGAUGAGCGGCAAGAAGAAGUAUUUCCACAGCGUCAGCGCGACCAGCGGCCACAGACGCAUGCUGCCUCCGCCGCCGCUGUGCAAGCAGUACAGCCUGCCGACGGCCAACUCGACCGGCUCAUGGAGCGUCGAGGACAGCUGUGACGCGUCGUCCACGGGCUCCACCGGUGGGUUCUCCGAGCUGGAACGUGGAGAACGUAUCAGGCCCGAGCGCCGUGUUGGCCGGAGCAACGUGCAGAAGAUGUUCCAGGGCGGCCGGCAAGGCAAUCAUGACGACUCCAACGUCCGCUACUACCAGCAGAUCGACUCGAGGAUCAACAGCAUGACCAUCGCAGACGUCAGCCCCAGGGUGGCGGUCAAGCGGAUCAUCCUGCUGUACGAGAACUACCAGUACCGCGAGGCGGCAAACUUCAUCAACAGGCUCAGCCACGGAACGUUCAAGGUGAUUCUGCACGAGCUGCCCGUGGAUCUGUUCGUUGAGUCCAUGCCUAACAGCCUGUCCAUCCUGGAAGCCCUGUACGCCAAGGUGUUCCUCUCGGAAGGCCUGGACUUCGGCAUGAAACUGCUGAGGCCAGAGGAGGUGGUCAUGCAGAUGGUCAAGUUUUUCGCGAUGCACGACUACGACGCCAAGGCCAACAUCACGCUGCGUCGCGUGCCCAGCAAACUUCUGGCACCGUCCAGUCCGUUCGUCUUCAGCUGCAAGAAGCUGCUCAAGGUGAUCGUGCUGUCCAACCCAAAGGUGCGAAAGGUGGUGCGCAUGCGCAAGCAGGCCCUGGACAAGGCCAUCGAGGGCCUCGGACAGCACGGUCUCGUCUCCACCACCGACCAGAGUCUGAAGAACCUGCACGACGCGCUCAAGACCGAGUUCCAGAGGGUCCUGGAGACCUACAAAGAGGCCCUGCUGAAGCUGGAGGAACUCUCGCUGGCCAGCAACAACAAGAAGCCGCCGACGACGCCCAUCGAGGCCUCGCACCAGCGACAACUCUCCCUACGACAGCUCGAGAUCCAGGAACGGCUGAUCAAGAACAAAACGCUCCUCAACGUCGUCGAGCCCAUCCUCGGCAACCACUACCUGAACGUCCUGCUCGGCAUUUUGCAGCGCAGGAUCGAGUGCGACAAGGAUGCCCUUUUCCAGUUUACGCAGCUCAAAAAGGAGUCGGCCAAAACGUUCGACGAGUCGGCCAUCGUGGCGCCGAUCCUCAUGCGGUUCUCCUAUGGAUGCGAUCAGGUACUCGACUUGAUGAAAGGAAUAGCUGAAGACGACGACGAUUCAAGCGACAUAUCCGGUUAUCACUCUGACUCGGAGUCGACGGUAAUGGUGUCUGGCAAUUCUCCGUACACGAAGAAACCCGUGGCAAGAUCAGUGGCCUCAUCCAAAGGCUCAAACGGCAAGUGCUGUCCGAGCUGCGAAUCGUUCAUCCAGAACCACCAGCGCGAGAAGAAAAAGAGCGACUCGUCGUCGUCCUCGCUCAAGUCCCAAAUGAGCCGAAGGCCAGAAUUGCCGGCGCGCAACAGCCCACCUCUCGAAAACCCGUACUCCGUGCCAAACAGACCUCCGCCGCCGCCACCUUUGCCAAACUCAGUGCCACUAAAACGCAUCGUUCCACCCACCCCCUCGGAGCCAGCUGUGCCGAAGCUGGUGAUGAAAUACGAAUCCCUGUACGCCCAGGCCAAGGUGGACACCCUGGACGCGCUGGACAUCCUCGAGGAGCUCAAGGGCGCCGAGGAACUCAAAUCAAAAAUUCUCUUCUCAGUCGUUGUCCUCUCCUACCGUGCUGUCACUCUGGUGCUGGCCAAGAAGAAAGAGGCCAUAAGGAAAAUCCUGCAAAUGCCCGAGCCGGGCCAGGUGAGCGAGGUGCGGACAGCCUCCGACCAGCUCGAAGCCAGCAUUGAACUCUACCUCGCCAACACGGCCGACAAAUUCAACCUGUGUCAAACAGUUGAGGACGUUUGCUCUCAAAUUUGGACAGCCUUGUAUGACUACCCGUGCUUGAAAUCGUGCCAGGGCCUGAUUGCCUACGUCAGGUCAUCCGUUCAGAUGUCCUGGGCCCUAGUAACACAGAAUCCACCGCUAGCGCUGGAAUACGAGUUUAAGAAGUACAGACCUGAUCUGCACAGCCGUUUCCACGCUUCAAACCCCGAAAAGGACGAGAUCAGGACGUACCUUUGGCCCGCCCUCCUGGAGUCUUUCAACGGGCCCUGCUUGAGCAAGGGCGUCGUCAUCACAUAAGCAGAGAGUUUUAUUUAUUUAGUCUAUAGCUGAAAAAUAUAUGUAUAUAACUUAUUAAAACUGACCCAGAAUAAUUAUUUACUUGGUGUAUAUAUAUUUUUUUAAAUUUAUAACAAACUAGCAUUAUAGCGACUGGCUCAAAAAUAAUUAUUGUAUGAUAAUAAAACGAGAAAGAU